CCCCUCUCCUUCAACACAAUGAAGAGGCCACUGCGCAUGCUCGGCCGCGCGCAUGCACGCGAGCGUCGCUAUUGCACGCGCACGCACGGACGGACGGAGAAGAGGAAGCGACAUGAGCGUCAACUGGGGAACCGAACUGUGGGACCAGUUCGAGAACCUGGAGAAACACACCGGCUGGGGCAUCGACUUCCUUGAGAAAUACACCAAGUUCGUCAAAGAGCGAGCCGACAUCGAACUCAACUACGCCAAGCAGAUCAGGAGCCUCUCUAAGAAGUAUCUUCCCAAGAGGAGCCGAGAAGAUGACAGCAGGUACACGUGGUGCGCGGCUUUUAGCGCCACGCUGCGGCAGCUAGGAGAGUUGGCAGCGCGGCGAGAGGAAGUCGCCGACGACCUCAACGUCAACGUGGCCGAUGACCUCGGCAGGUUCGCGCAGGAGAUCAAGGCAGAGAGGAAGUCGCACUUCCAAGAUGGCCGCCGUGCCCAGCAGCACAUGGAAACUUCGUGGAAGCAACUCGAAAGUAGCAAACGCCGUUUUGAGCGGGACAGCAAAGAGGCGGAGCGAGCGCAGCUAGCGUGCAACAAGAUGGACGUCGACAACAACGUGGACGCCAACGACAAGCGAUGCUCCUUUAAGGCUCGCCAGGUGGCGGAACAAAAAAAACAAACGGCCCAAGAGUCCAAGAAGGAAUACUUGAGUACUUUAAAGCAGUUUAACCAGGACCAGCAUCAGCACUACCACAAAAUGGUGCCUGUCAUCUACCAGCGCAUCCAGGAAAUGGAGGAGCGGCGUAUCGAGCGCGUGGCUUCAGCCAUGCGUUUGUCGGCUUCGGCCGAGAAGAAGUCGCUUCCUGACGUUGGCCGCUGUUUGGACGCCAUGAUGGACGCCGCCCAAAGUGUCCGGGCCCAGACGGACACGUGCUCGGUGGUGAGCGCAUUCAAGUCUGGCUUCGAGCCGCCGGGCGACCUUGACCCCGAGGACUUUGGCUCCGCCUCCAUGAGGCGAAGUGUUUCCGAGUCCAGCUACCUGGACAACCGCGUAGAGGGGCGGAGACAAACCAGGAAGUUGUGGCCUUUUCUCCGCAAAAAUAAACUGCUGAAUCUGCUGUCGUCGCCCCGCCAGCCGCCGCCCCCGCCACCUGCCUCACCUUCUCCAGGGAAUGUGGCUGGGAGUCCCCUGACACCGCCCCCGGCCGGCAGGGAACCGAUUGCGCAGCGGUUCAACGACCUGGUGACCUCCGGCUCCCGGACCAGGAAGCAGUGCCUGAAAAAUCUCAAGAGAGGACUGUCACUCAAACUGGUGAGUAAGAUCGGCACGUUUUCAGUUAUUCGAGCGGGUCACCGCCAACCUGUCCCCUUGUUGCUGCGGUUUCAGGGCUCCACCCCCUCGGACUGCAGUCACCUUCCGGCCGAGCAACGGCGGAAAAAACUGGAGAACCGAAUUCACCGCAUUGGACGAGAAAUCUUAAGAGAGCGAGAGCAGAGGGAGGCUCUGGUGAAGAUGAAGGCGGUGUAUCAGCAGAACCCUAGCUUGGGGGACGGCGCCACCCUGGAGCCACGCUUGGACGAGGUCAGACGAAGCCUGCACAGGUUGGAGGAAGAGCUGAGGAAUAACCAGGCGUGGCUGGCGGAGGCUCGGCAGGCCCUGAGCGCCGCAUGUCCGCCAUCUUCCCGCUUUGCCGCCAGCCCAGACAGCAGAGAAAGCCCCGACGGCAGCUACACAGAGGACCACAACGCCGAAGUCAACUUCUCCAAGUCCAGAAGCUCCGACUUUGAUGAUGACUUCGAUGACGACGAGCCGCUGCCGAGUAUAGGAACCUGCAAGUCGCUCUACCCGUUCCAAGGUCAGAACGAGGGAACGCUGUCCAUGUGCGAAGGAGAACUUUUGAGCGUGGUGGAGGAGGACAAAGGUGACGGCUGGACGCGAGUGCGCAGGAACGCGGACCAAGAGGGAUACGUACCCACCUCAUACAUCAAAGUGCUGCUUAUGGCGGACAAAGGUUUUGUGCAAACUAGCCGUCUGGUGUGAAGAGAACUACCUGACCGGGAAGCGAGUCUGUCCGAGACACCGGAUGGCCAGGCCUCCCUCCUUGUCUCUGUGACGCCACGGCAGCCCCGCAAGAGCUUCCGAUUGGUCUCAUUUGGAGUGUAGGAACACACUUGUGCUAGUGAUGUGUGCGCUACUAAACCUUUGUCCACGGGGGCCACUCCUGUGCAAAAAAACAAAACAAAAUUUUAACUCAUUGGCUGCCCUUCUCUGCAAUGGAUGUCCAAUCCAUUUGAAGUGGGAGGUGUUAGCAUUUGCUGCAGCCCUCCCACUUCAAUGGAUUGGACAUCUAUGAGUGAUAAACUCAUCAAAAUUGACGGAGGAAGCAUGAUAAGACUUUUCUAUGCCCCUACUAACAUGGCUGCCCUGAGGCCACAUUCCCAUCAAAGUCAAUGCGUUGACAUUAAAAUCAAGUCAUAACUAAUCAAAAAGCUAAUAAAGAAGCUAAUUUCUCAACCUAUUUUUAUAGCUUAUUUCAUCAAUGUCAAAGCAUCAGGAAGUGACAAGAAAUUAACCCCCAAAAUUAACAGGAAGUGACUGAAAAUCAACAAAAACUGACCAGACUAUCAACAGGAAGUGAUCUGAAAAGCAAUAGAAAGUGACCAGAAACACACAAGAAGUAAAUGCUUCAAAAUCAACUGGAUGUGACCCUUAAAGAACAGGAUGUGACCUGGUAACAUCCCAAAAUUGACAGUAAGUGACUCAUGAAUUCCUUAAAAUGAGGCAAAAUUGGCAGUGAUUGAACGUCGCUGCCAACCCUCCUGCUUCAAAUGAAUUGGAGGUCUAAUCAUUUUGAUUCCGGUACAAAUUCUUUUGUUGCCCCUAGAAAAAUAGCCUCAGGGCGGCUAUGUUGGGGCUACCACUAAAGUCAGUCAAUUGACAUUCAAAUGAAGUCAUAACUAGCAUAUUUGAUAAAUGUCGGACGUCUACUAGUGAUAAACUCAUUUCAAUUCACAGCAGAUUUGAUUAUAUAGGACGUCUGUCAUGGUCAAUGGCACUGAAAGAGUUCACUUCAAACUCUUUGAAAACAGGAAGUACGGUUACGGAACGUGGAGAAAAAGUCAAAAAUAUUAGGAAGAGUUGAGUCAUGUGACGUGCAUGUAUGUAUAUGGACUCCCCUGCAAGCCCCACCCCACCUUGUUGUCGUCUUGGCGUUUGAUGUGAAGCGCUUUUCUUUUGCUUCGCGUAUGUUCCUUCUUCCAAAGUAAAACCACCCUGGAAAAUGAUGUUGGGUUUAUUGUGGAAGUUGCAGAGGUCUAUGGAAGUAGAGUUUGGUUUUCUACUGCAGAAUUUUUUCAGCAUCGGAAUUUGAUGGCAAAAAAUGAGUGGGGAAAAAACUUGUUUGGAAAAAUUCGGUGGCACCUACGAAUGCGUGGACAUACCCCAGGGUAACAUGUACGGUCGCAUCUCUGUGAUGGAUUAUAACCUGCGUGAUGCGUGGAAUAAAGGGCGCCAUCUCCUCUCCAAUGGGACGCCCUAUCACCCAGUAAUGUCAAAAUCACAAAUAACAAGGACCCUUCUACAAGGUUUCUCCUACUUAAAAAUAAAAAAUAAACAAUAAAAAACAUUUGAAAAGUUUAUAUAUAAAAAUGAAAAAUAAACUAAAUUUAUACACAAUCAAAAAGGUAUAUACCAUAAUUUUCGGACUAUAAAGCACACCUGACUAUAAGCCGCAACCCACCAAAUUUGACACGAAAACGACAUUUGUUCAUAGAUAAGCUGCACUGGACUAUAAACCGCAGUUGUCCUCACUGUAUUACACCAAAAUAUAUUAACCGGUAACACUUUAUUUGACAGCAGCGUCAUAAGACUGUCAUAAAACCAAAUGAACCACCAUGAAGCUUUGAAACAAUUAGCUGCAAAGCUUCACUGCGUCUAAAAGCUUCAUUUGGCCAUCACUGCUCCCUUGGGGUAGACAGUCAACGUCUGCU